AUGCUCCAACGAAAGCCAUUGGCUAUUAAAGAAUCAAAGAUGAUACAUCCUUUCUUAUUGCUAAUAUUGCUUACUCUAGCAAUAGUAGUUGCGGAUUUUGACAAUCAUCCAGGGAAACUAUGCACGGACAUAUCCAACAAAGAUGCCUGCGACAACAUAGAACUAGACCAGACCUUCGAAUGCGCCGAAAAUGUUAAUUCAAUGACCGAUUGUGCUUUGAAUAUUAUUAAUGAAAAGCAAGAAUUUGCGAUUCUACAACCCGAACAAGCUUUCUUAGCGGCGAGUUUCGCGUCUGAUAACGUGACUGUUGUUGCUGAGGUAACCACGGAGAAACGACCUUACCGAACGGUGGUUUUAGCGCGGAUAUUCUACAACUCCUUCAAGGACUUGAGGAACAAGCGCUUCUGCCAUCCGGGCUUCAAGCACGACGAACUUAUCACCAGGUACGUCCUGCAGGAGUUCGAAGCGAAGAUAAUCGAACUGAACAAUAGCUACUGCCAGAGCGCCGCUCAAACGCUCUUAGAGAAGCGAUUGGGCGCGCUAUCCAGCUUCUUCGGGCCCUCUUGCCGCCCCGGGGAAUGGGUUAUCGACGAUCCCGCUCUAGACGCCGCCUUAAAAAAGAGUUAUUCAAAUCUUUGCGAACUAUGCGGUCCGGAGAAGUGCAAUGUGAUCUAUCAAGAGCCUUUCCAAGACGCCCUGACGUGCCUUAGAAAUGGCGGUGACGUGGCUGUUACCAGUCUUUCGCAUGCCUUGAAAUUCUUCAACGAUUCGAACAAUAUCGAUGAUUUCGUUUACGUGUGUCCCGAUGGACGGCCGAAAAAACCCCGAGACGGUCAUUGCACGUUCACCGAACAAAUGGAAAGGAUCGUUAUAUCCGAACGGUCUAUAGUGGAAAAGACUCAAAACUACUUGAAUUUAAACUUGGCCAAACAUAAAUCGCUUAAUGGUUUCGUCAGACAAUCGCGCACUUCUCUGCCAUUUGAAGAUUCUCUAGAAGUUCUCCUAGAAUUGAGCGAUGCAGAUGCCAUAACCACUAUACAAGCAAUACCACUAAAAGCAUAUGUAUCUAAUCGGAGGAACAUUCCAAGCAUAUCGAAGAACACCUAUUGCGAGGAGACAGUGAACUGGUGCACUGUCGAUACGAAGGAACAAGAAAAGUGCCUUUGGAUGCAACAAGCCGCCCUGAACGCGGGCCUACAACCCGUCAUUCAUUGCGCACAAACCAAAGACAAAGACCCCAUAUCUUGCAUUAAUGAUAUAAAAAACGGAAAGUCUGAUGUGGCCUUCAUCGACGUCGACUACGGUUACAGUGCUUCGAGGUCUGGUUUAACGUACGCCGCCUAUCCAGAAACCUACAAUAAAGACCUAGCUGCCAUAGUUGUAGCAGUUCGAGCUGUUACGAACGUCGUCAAUUUGAAGGGAAAGAAGUCGUUGGUAAACCCCAAAUGUUUUUAGAGUGGCUGGCGUUCAUCGACCUGUUGAAAUCGAACAACCACACGUCGAAGUCGUGCGAUUUACACGAAGACUUCGAGGAGUACGUAGGCGAUAGCUGCGUGCCCGGCGCUAAAAAUAAGUAUUUCGACGUUAAGAACGCUGAGAAGCUGUGCGCGCAAUGCCUGACGAAUAAUGUUUUCGGACCCCCAAAAACAUGCAAUAACGACCAGCAAAACAAGUAUUACACAACGGAUGGUGCGUUGAAGUGCCUUGAAGAUAAUGCUGCUGAUUUUGCCGUUGUUACAAUAUCGGAUAUCGAGCAGUUUAAAGAUAAAACGGACAGUUUUCAAGUCUUUUGUCGUAACGGAUCUAUGGCUAAAAAUAAGGGUUUAUUGGCCGAUUCCGAUUGCGCUCUCACUAAAAUUACCACCGGGGAAAUAGUAGUGAAAAACAACACGGUGAAACGAUCGAACAUCAUACAGCUUCUGAAAGGAAUCGAUUUGGAAUUCGGGCAAAGUCCCAGGAAAAUUUUCAAAGUGUUCCAGGAAUUCGACAACGUUCCCGAUCUGCUCUUUCCUAAUUCUACUCUUGGAUUCGUUUUUGACGGAGAUGGAUUGGGUAAACCGGUGGAGAAUUUCAAAAGCUUGUUGGGAAAUGCGGAAAAGUGUGAUUCUAACGUGGAGAGUGAUUCUAACGUGGCUCAUGAUCCGGCUUCUUCUACUUCAAUCUGCUGUAUUCUUUUAUAUAUAAUCGUUGCAAUAAUCGUUUUUGGAAUAAUCGUUUUUUGCAUUGUAUUUAAACCGAACCCGAAAGGCCAAUGUCCAGUCGGAGAGAAACAGAAUAAUACACAAGCCACUGAAUCGUAA